AAUGAGUAAGUAACCUGCAGCUAAAAAUAGCUUGAAUGCUAUCAAUUAUUUUUGCUGUCGUCUGCUACACGUUACUGGAGCGGCGUUACACUUGUCCGAUUUUACCAAUGCUAUUACAUUGUGUACAUUUUGAGGCCUUGUCUGCCAUUAAACCAGUGUGGAGUACAUCACGAUUGUGGACCGGCUCGUCUGAUGACCUAUUUAAUACCCCCGACAUCUUGUGUACAGUAUUUUCGACCGGUUUCCACUGCGAGGACUGCAUACGGGAACUCCGCCAUUGUUGACAUCGCUGUGGUUUAAGUGGGUUGAAUUUUAAUGGAAACUUAACCUCAGUUUUACAGACUUGACGUAAACGAUGAACCUUGGGUGUGACCAGUUAGCGAUUUUUCUGAGGAGCAAGGGGGUUUCACCGGAGGGUGUAGACAGUGUUCGAGCAAAUGGCAUCAACGGCGACAUGUUCCUGCAGUUCUGCGAGGAGGAUAUCCGGGACGCGUUCACGGUGUUCAAGGAUCGGUUCAUAGUACGGAAGGUGAUCCGCGAGCUGAAGUUAGGAGUCUCGGGGAAAUCUUCUACACUGAGUUCCCUCCCCUCUCCCCAACCUCCCCCACCACCCUCCCAACACCGGUCACACCAACAACCACCCAGGGCACCAGAACAGCGCCCAGUGUAUCAAAACAAUGUAGACCAACACCGGUCAUUCUCUAGUUAUAAUCCCGCCUCAAAGACACAGACUCAAACAUCCCAUGGAUCAGGUCAGAGACAGUUAUUUAUGCCUAGCACAGACACACAACGGCCAUCAUUUGGAAGCGGAGGGUCACAGCAGUCUAUUAAUACGACAUCAAGGUUGUCAAAUGACAGUUUUAAUAAUGCAAGUGUAAAAAGGCGGUUAUCAACAGAUCACAUAAAACGCGAGCCCCCGGAGUCUAGGAUGGACAGUACGACAGGUGUAUGUAUUGAUCUCAGACCCAAGGCACUGGAUCACAGGCCCGUGUUCUCAUACGGAAGUCCACAGCUGAUGAACGCUACGGUUUCCAGCACCGUGGAAGAGCAGAGGUCCAAGGGCAAUAAAAUGUCUCCGCUUCAUAGACAGAGUCCUGGGGCCCCCUAUCCCGUUUGUCUAACACAAGUCAUCCCCAGUUCCUCGCCAGCGUCUCCAGCACGUGGUCAACACUCUCCCGCAAUAAAACCGGAAAACGGUCAACACAUGAGGGCUGUUGAAGAACCCCGCAGACAGCUAUCUCCUCUUGACCAAGCGCCACAUCCCCACAGUACAGCAAUAGCGAGCCCUCAUCCAUAUGACGAGUCGGGCUCGUUCAUGUUGAGUUUAGUCUCGAGUAGUAUUUCCAGGUUUUCGGGUGACGAACUUUUAGGAAAGAAGCCCGUUAGAGGACACCCCACCGAGGCGCAGCGUCUGGGCACUGUGUUGAUCAGAAACGCUGCGCAGUCUGUCCGGAUAUGGGACUCGGCACCUUUAUGGAAGGACAUUUCUCAAGAGAAACGCGAGGGUUUCAUGCAAUACGUCAUCUCCACGGCUCCACAACUAGCAGCCUAUACCGAGCUUGUCUGGAAUCGUCUCCGCGAGGCUCUACAGAACCGGCGAAAAUAUCUGCUGGAUAAGGCGACAGGAAGACGCGUUUUAAAAAGUUCUCCUUUACUGAUGAUGAAAGAUGACAAUUCCAUUCCGUCGAUAAACAUAGCUGAUGUACGCAGCCUUAUAGAUCUUACGGAGCAACACGAACAAGACGACGCUAUCACUGACGACGCUAUCACUGACAUCACUGACGACACUAUCACUGACGACACUAAGUUGGUUAACACUAAGUUGGUUGAAACUGUUAAAACUGAGGAAGGCACAGUAGACUAGAUAGGUUGAAUGAUAGACUAGUGAGGAAGGCACAGUAGACUAGAUAGGUUGAAUGAUAGACUAGUAAUACGAGUCUUGUGUCGGUGCUGUUACGUAAAAAACUGAACACCUGUCUGCCCUUCGCUAUAUCAUUAUUCCUCAUCUAUAAGAAUGCGUCUCUGAUUGAUAAUCGCACCACAUUAUCAGAGGUAGAGAAUAUAUCCACGUGAUCGAGUUUCCCUCAUGUGAUCAAAUUUCCCCUAUCGCGGUUAAUUGUCACUAUGGAGUAUAGCUCAAGGGAGACUGUUUUGCAAAUGUCUUACGCCAGAUGUGCUCCAGACAACAAGAGAUGGAUGCCGUUAGUCAUGAAAAAGUAUUUUGCCCUCGUGAAACACUAUUCGUCUCCGGGAAAUAAAUGAUCAUGUUUCCCUAUUGUAAGGACACUAUUGAAUAUUGAAAUUUUGAGGCUAAGUCAGAAAGGUGCUCGUUGGAUUCCAAAUAUCUGUCUCGACGGCACAAACCGAAACAGGUAUCUAAAUUAAAACUACACGGUAAUACGACAGAUAGGUUGGCUGUGCUUAUUUUAUUCUAGUCAGUUCUGUUGCUUGUUUUUGUUCUUUUGUGUUCAUCUUCGAAAUCCAAGGAUUGUACAUUCACUAUACACAUCGUUGGUCCUUGAACAUUCUCGUGACUAAGGCCUGUGAUUAUUUUUUUAUGAAGAGAAGAUGUGAAUAAGAACAGGAUUUCGAAGAUAUUUCGUUUAACACUACGUUGUAUUUCUGUUUUAGUGUUAGCUGUUAAUUAAGUUUAACACUACGUUGUAUUUCUGUUUUAGUGUAAGCUGUUAAUUACGUUUAACACUACGUUGUAUUUCUGUUUUAGUGUCAGCUGUUAAUUACGUUUAACACUACGUUGUAUUCCUGUUUUAGUGUUAGCUGUUAAUUACGUUUAACACUACGUUGUAUUUCUGUUUUAGUGUAAGCUGUUAAUUACGUUUAACACUACGUCGUAUUUCUGUUUUAGUGUCAGCUGUUAAUUACGUUUGGUUAGAUUGUUUAGAUUGUUUGUUUAAAAACAUAAAAUAAAAUAUGCUGUAUUUCAUA